CUUCCUCUUUCUUGACUCCAUCUUCGCGGUAGCAGCAGCGGCGUCCGCGGGCUAGGUGAGACACGGGGGACUGCUGGGCCAGGAGCGCUCGGUAGCCAGCGGUCUACGGGCUCAGAGGGUGCGGGGAAGGCAAAGUACAAGGGCGGUUCUGCGGCCUUCGCUCCGUCUCCAUCCGGGUCCCCGGCGAGCCUGGCCUUCCGCAUGGGAGACCGCGCAAUCCCCCGCCUUGAUUACCGUACCGCGACCUUUCUCCUGGGCUGCUCCCUAUCAUCACUCACAAGCCUUUCUUCCUUCAGUAGCCAACAUGCAGCUCUUUGUCCGCGCCCAGGAACUACACACCCUCGAGGUGACCGGCCAGGAGACGGUCGCCCAGAUCAAAGAUCAUGUGGCCUCCCUGGAAGGCAUUGCCCCCGAAGAUCAAGUCGUGCUUCUGGCAGGCUCGCCGCUGGAGGAUGAGGCCACCCUAGGCCAGUGUGGCGUAGAGGCCCUGACCACUCUGGAAGUAGCAGGCCGCAUGCUGGGAGGUAAAGUUCACGGUUCCCUGGCUCGGGCUGGAAAAGUGAGAGGUCAGACUCCCAAGGUGGCCAAACAGGAAAAGAAGAAGAAGAAGACAGGCCGGGCCAAGAGGCGAAUGCAGUACAACCGGCGCUUUGUCAAUGUUGUGCCCACCUUUGGGAAGAAGAAGGGCCCCAAUGCCAAUUCCUAAGUCCUAUUGCCACCCUGCCAUGCUAAUAAAGCCACUGUGUCCAGACUUCU